CUUCAUCCGUGACACACACACACACAUACACUGUUUACGUUAACCGCACCGAAUUGGCGCGGGCUUGUUUGACUCUUGCCGUGCGGAAAAUUAAGGUCCAGCAAGCACCAGCAUGAACACGGCGGACGACGGGCGCGACGAAAUUGUCAGCUUCCUGCUGGUGGACAAGCUGUCCCGGGUGCGCUGGCUGCCGAACCAGACCGAGGACGAGCACUUCUUCGUGACCGGCAGCUGGGGCGAGCGGGUGAACACGGUCCGGCUGUGGAAUCUGGUGCACGACCGGCUGACCGACGAGGACGACACCGGCGUGCCGCUGGUGCCGCAGCCGACCGCCAAGUUUGGCGUGACGGGCGACAUCGUCGGGCUGGAGUUUCUCGACGACAAGCAUCUGGCGGCGGUCACCUCGGAAGGAACGCUGAGCGUGCUGGAUCUGAACCGCGAGUCGCGGCUGUCGUACGACUUCACCCACACGUACAACCUGCACGAUCUGCACACGAACGGCGGGGUGCGGUCGGCCUGUACCGGCGUGUCCGCCUUCAACCAGUACCUGGUGACCGGGGGCGAGGACGGCACCGUGAACAUGGUGGCGGGCGACGCGGGCAAGGUGAUCCGGACGAUCCGCGACCCGGACGGUGGCGCGGUCCAGUGCGUGUCCUUCAUCUACCCGGAUCUGGUCAUCGUCGGCCAGCAGUACGGCGUGAUCGACUGCUACGACACGCGGGACGAGAGCAGCAAGCCGGUGUUCAGCGUCGAGACGUGCGUCGAGGAGGACCGGGACCUGAACAAGCCGACCUGCAUCAACCACUUUCCCAAGAACAAGCAGGUGGUGGCAAUCGGGCUCGAGAGUGGCACGAUCAUCCUGUGGGACAUCCGGAAGCCGUACGGUGCGUCGGCGCUGUGCGACGCCCACACCACCCCCGUCACGGACAUCCAGUUCGCGAAGGAGGAGCAGGACCUGAUGGUCAGCGCGGACAUGGCCGGGCUGGUCACGCAGUGGACGCUCAACAGCACCUCGUCCCUGGUGGAGUACUUCAUCCAGUGCCGGCGGUCCCGCCUGAAGGAGUUCAAGCCGAUCAACGCGAUCGACAUGAACGUGCGGCACAUGAUCUGCGGGGGCGACGCGGAGAUGCUCUACCUGUUGGACAUGGUGGAGUGAACCCUUUCCUCCUUUCCCUUCUGUUUUCUUUCCCCGUUUUACGUGUCCCCCCAGUUUCAGUUAAAUAUAGGAAGAAAAUAUUGUAAUCUAACAUAAGAAGCAAAAUGCAGCAAAGUUUCAUGAUUUCAUCCCGAAGCAUGAUCCUGGA